AAAAGAAAGCCUAACUCUUUUCUUUUCCUUCUUAACAGUUAACAUCAACCAUUAUCUCUCUAUCUUUCACUCUCAUUCUCUCUCUAAUUUGUAAGUGUAGUCCCAAUAAUUUUUCUACUUCUACGUUAGAUAUAGCCUUAGCUUUUCUUUUCUCUUGUUCCUGCUAAAAAAAACCUACUAUUCUACUAAAAUAGUAAUCCAUCUCUUGCUUUCUUCUCUCUCUCUGAUCCACACUGUUGCAAUAUUAUUGGUUAGUAAUGGAAUCAUUGUCAGAGAAUGAAUGGUUGGGAAGCCCAGAUCAGUGUCCUUGUUCUGCAACUUUUUUUUGUGAGUUUUUUUCCCACCUCACUCACUGCCUUUUAAGCUAAUUUCAAUUUUUAUAUAGGCAUUUAGCUCUACUUAGAAGUAUUACAAGUAGUUUACAUCUCUGCUUUCUUCCUUUCCUAAGUGUUUGGGCCUUCUAUUACUCCCACUUUCUUGGAUUUUCUGUGCACCCCUUAAUUUGACAGUCUAGAAAUUAUACAAUCUGCUUGGUUUCUGAGAAUUUCCAGGAGGACAAUAAUAGUAAAAAAAGAGAAGGUUAUUGUAUUAUAUGGGCUAUAAUCUAAAGAGGAAUUACUGUGACUUGGCUAAGUUGGAGAAGCUUGGGAUUGCUACUAUUCUUUCAGCCACUUUUGGGUCCUCUAGCUUUGAAACAGAGAAGAAGGCAGAGGGGGAGAGCCUUGUGGAUUUGAAACUUGGAAGUUUAGGUGACUUUGGAAAAGGAUUGGCUAACAACUUCGAGGAUCAUACACUCUAUCCUCUUAUGGACCCAUUUUUAUCAACAGCUGGAUCAUCUAAAAGGCCUCGAAUACCGAGUAGCGGAGGCCAAGUCGUUUCGUGCUUGGUGGAUGGAUGCAAGGCAGACCUUAGUAAAUGCCGGGACUACCACCGGCGCCAUAAAGUUUGUGAGAUGCACUCCAAGACCCCAAGAGUUACAAUUGGGGGUAAUGUACAACGCUUCUGCCAGCAAUGCAGCAGGUUCCACUCACUGGAAGAAUUUGAUGAGGGAAAAAGGAGUUGUAGGAAACGUCUUGAAGGGCAUAAUCGCCGUAGAAGGAAGCCUCAACCUGAACCUUUGCCUGUGACUCAUGGAAAUUUUCUUUCUGCUAGUCAAGGUAGCAGAUUCUUGGCAUUCAACAAUCAACCAAUUAUUCCAGCUACAUCAGUAACUGCUACUUGGUCUGGAGGCGUUAAAUCUGAGAGCAACCCAGCACUCUACAAUAGCGCGGUACCUAGUUCAUACUCUCAAGCCUACAGGGGCAGGCAGUUCCCUUUCUUACAAGUGCCUGAAACCUCACUUUCUGGAGUUUCUUCAGCUGAUCAAACACUUCAUCACGAUGGCAGCAGUAAUAGCACCCAAAAAUCAAUUUUCUGCAAUGGCCUAAACCAAGUGAUGGACUCAGAUCGUGCUCUCUCUCUUCUGUCAUCAUCAACUGCUGAGACUCCUGAGAUGGGUUUGGGCCGUAUGAUCCAUCAUCCUAGCCCGAUAAACCCUACUCGGCCUAUGCUUUCCGGCCUACAUUACAAUAAUCUUGCUUCUCAGUAUUCCUCCCAGAGCCAUGGAUUGGAAGGACAUCCAGAAAGUUCCGGACUUUUCGCUAACAUGAGGAGCAAUAACAGCCUCUGCCAAGAUGUUUUCCAGAAUGAAACUGAUGCAUCUUCUGCUAGUGGAGGUGGAGGUCAUCAGACACUUUCUUUCUCUUGGGAGUAGUUUCUGCUGUCAUUUACUAGUUAAUUUUCUUCCCUAAUCAUAAUUAGUCCAGUACUCUACUGAUGGAUGCAUUGUUUUUUUCAAAAAAAUCUUCAAGAAGUUAGCUUUCUCUUCAAUUUGCUACAUUUGAUUGCCUAAAAAUGCUUGGCAACUUGUCUGUUCUUAAAUUUGGUACAUUUAGUAUUGUAAUUCUAAACUUCCCAUUUGUUGAAACUUGAAACUCAUUUCAACCUAA